GGGACGGGACCGGAGCGCUCCGGACGCGGCGGCAGCGCCGGGCUCCGGCUCCAGCGGCCAUGCAGGGCAAAGUGGCCAUCAGCUCUUCCAGCCCCGUGGUGGCAGAGCCAUUACCAUUCCCAUCCCAGGCCAGACCCUCACCCAUCAGCACUGGGGAGAUCUUCAGGCUUCCAGGGAGGCUGAGAAUCCAGCCCUCACUGUGGAGCAAGGACGAUGUGAUCCACUGGCUACGAUGGGCUGAGAAGGAAUAUUCCCUGCGGCCCACUGAUGAGAGCAAGUUUGAAAUGAACGGCAAAGCCUUGUGCAUCCUCACCAAGGAUGACUUCAGACACCGAGCUCCGAGCUCAGGGGACGUGCUUUAUGAAAUACUCCAGUUCAUUAAGACUCAGAGAAGAGCUCUGGUGUGCAGCCCCUUGCUGAGCUCACCCUUCAGGAAAGCCAGGAGCACGGAGGAAGAUGCAGACUGCAGUGCUGAGGCUGCCCCAGUUGUUUCCUCGUGGCUGGGCUGUGCAGAGCAGCCCCUGCUCCAUGGCUACACGCAGCCACUGAACCUCUCCCACCACAGCUCAAAGAGUAGCUGCAGGCCAGGUGCCAUCUGCUCUUUUCCUGCUACCCUGUCGGCCCCAGUGGAUGGGAAAAUUGCAGACUGCAGGCUGCUCUGGGAAUACGUGUACCAGCUCCUGUCCGACCGCCGCUACGAGCCCUACAUCAGGUGGGAGGACAGGGAAGCCAAGGUCUUCCGUGUUGUCAACCCAAAUGGGCUUGCCCAGCUCUGGGGCAACCACAAGAACCGGAUGAACAUGACCUAUGAGAAGAUGUCACGAGCGCUCAGACACUACUACAAACUCAACAUCAUCAAAAAGGAGCCAGGGCAGAAGCUGUUGUUCAGGUUUUUGAAGACUCCUGGGGAGGUUGUCCAUGAGAAAUCCAGCAGACUGGAGCAGCUGGAGAAUGAGGACCAUGAGGAUUUGCAGGAAGACCCACUGGAGGUUUCACCAUAGUAAAUUUUUGGAGGUUUCACUUCAGUGCAUCACAGAGAGACUUGUGCUUUGCUGAGCAGUGCUGGUGUCUCUUGCCUCUCCUGGACAGAAGGCCACAGAGCUGGCCUGGAUUCCAAACCCUGCUGUGAACCAAAGCUGGGACAUCUCUGGGGUGUCAUUAGCAAAACACACCCAGAAGCUGUUCCCCAGCCCCAAAAGCACAGGUGGAUGUGUGGGCUGGUCUUCUGCUGGUUCCUCUCCUGCCCUUUGGGAGGGAAUGUGAUAUUUUUGCUCUGAAAUUUUGAUGCUUAUCUCUGAGUUCUAAACCUGUGGAAAAGAUCCCUCCGUUCUUCCAGCGAGAUGUGCUGAGCAGAGCAAAGCACGAGCUCUGGGCUGAGCAGCUGCUGCUCUGCUUUGGCAGUGAGUGCUGUCCCCAGCUGUGAGUGUCCUGCUCUGCACCUGAGCCAUUUCCCCAGCUUCAACAUGGACUGGUAUUGCAAAUGUGGUGCAUGAUGGAAUUCCACUGCCUCCUGUGAGCUUGCUCCUGGGAUUAAGGUUAGGAGUGAGCUGAAAUACCUGCCUGGUUUAGGCCUGGCACAAGGUCCAGGCUCCAUGGCUGCCCAUAGCUGGUGUUCACUUAAACUCCUUUCCCUCCGGGAAAUUUUUUUUUUGUAAUUACUUUUGUGAUUAAAUAAUG